AUGGCCAAAACUAGAUCCAAGGGAAAGGCUGCUCAGCAGGGAGAACCUGCUGCUAAGAAGCAGAAAACCACAAAGGAGAGUCCGAAGAAGGUUGCCAAGAAGGAGGAGACUUCUUCUCUGGGCCUGAAGGAAUUCGGCUAUGUCUCUAAGAAGCAGGCUACCGAUGCCCUUAAUGAACUUUCUAAGUUCUUGGAACGUCAGUCUGGAAACACCGAAAAGGCUAAGUUGUUUGAUGACGAGGACGAAGAUGACCUUACUACCAAUGUGUACUUGGAAGUGCAGAAGAAGAAGUAUUUCAGUAAGAAGCCUGGUUUCAAGGCUAAGCUCAUCCCGCUCCCCAAGCCAUACAUGAACAUCAAGGACGGUUUCAAGACAUGUCUUUUCGUGAGAGAUGGCUUCAUUGAAAGCAAUGAGGAUUUGGAGAAGAUUGAGGAGGCCAACAUUCCUACUUUGAGCAAGAUCUUCACGUUGAAGCAGCUCAAGACCAUCUACCACCCUUAUGAGAAGCGUCGUGAGUUGUACAAGGAGUACGACUUGUUCGUCACUGACGAUGCCAUUUUGUCUUCUUUGCCUAACGUGUUGGGUAAGACAUUGUACAACAACGAGAAGACCAAGUUCCCAGUCCAGAUCAGACCAUACACUUCAGACAAGUCUAAGGAGCUCUCGAUCGAGAACCUUAAAGCUCAGGUCGAGAAGGUCUUGGCUUCUGCACCAUACUUGCCACCAAUGGGCACCACUGCUCAUUUCAAGAUUGGUGCCCUCAACAAGCAUUUCUCCCAGGAGGAGUUGCUUGACAAUUUGCAUGCCAUUUUGAAAGAAUUCGACCAGGACGAUUUGGUCACGGUAGGAAUCAAGACCGACGGGUCCCCUGUGUUGCCACUUUUCUACACUGACAAGAUUUAUAACGACGAUGAUAUCCUCCAGAAGGAUGCCGAGGAGGCUGAAACUGAGGUUAGCGAGGACGCCUAUGCUAAGGCCUUGUUCGAGUUGGCCGACGAAGAGACCGUCAACACUGCUCUUAAGCCCCUUCGAAGAGAUUCCACGGUGAAAAUUGGCAGAAGCAAUGAGUACAAGUCUCUGGAAGACUGUCUCCACAUUGGCGACUUGAAGGUACCCAAGAAGUACUUGACCAUCCAAACUGGGCCUCUGGAGCUCCAUGAUACAGAUAAAACGCCCCUUCACAUAACUUUUGAAUCCAUUUGCACGACAUUGGUCAAUGGAAAAGUGCAUAGACUUCCUAGUAAGGAAGCUGAUCCGGUCACUGAGAGGUUUGAAGAUGAUGACCUUUUGUUGAAGGUUAAUGCCAACAAAUCUGAUCGUAUACAACUUCGGCUACGAUGGGUUGACGUGAAGAUAUUGGCCUUUUCAAAGAAGAUGUCAUAUGAUGAUGAAGUCAUGGAAUCACCAUUACCUACUCUAGUUAAUGAGCUCUAUGAGAAGGGCAUAGAUAUACGAAGUACACUGGACCCGUUGGUUGCGACGCAUUACUUAACACUUGUUGAUAUGAAUGACUAUAACAUGAAGAUCGCUCUUCUGAGAGCCAUACCUGUUGUUUCUUAUGCAUGGACAGACGCCAUCAAGGAUGAACCUAGUGAGGUUGACCAUUGGCUCUUGAACUUGGAUGAAAAGUACUUGUAUCCUAAGUCUGAGAAUAAUUUCGUGUUUCCCAAUUCAAAGAGGUCGAUUUUGCUAACAGGUUUUAAUGUGUUUGUCUGUUACGGUACCCUUAUUAAGCAUACAAGAAGACUCCAGGACUGGCUCAAAUGCUUGGGUUGCACGCCUACAAUGGUUGAAGUAGGUGAUGAACUGGAAGUUGAAAAUCAAAUUGGUCAGUCUGAUAAUCCGUAUGUGUUUGUUCAGGACGAAGACAAUAAGGUUGACUUCCUACGGGAUCGGUCAAACACCACAGAAGUGCUUUGGAAAGCUUUGGUUGAAGUUGACACUUCUAACCUCCAAGUUUUCACCCCUCGAGUGAAGCGUGAAUCUCAGUUUAAUGAUCUUCGCUUGACACAGCGCAAAAAGAGGAGAAAGCUUGAAAAGGUUGGUGACACGGAUUUCUUCCUGUUCAGUCAGGUUCUGUCAACUCCCGUUCCAGAGCCAGUCGAAAAUGCUCCAGAGCCAGUUGAAGAUGUCCCUGAUGUCGUGGAAGAGACUCCAAGGCCAGCUAGUCCAAGUUUGGAAGUACAAGCGACCGAACCCCCUGUCGUGGAUGAAGAGAGAAAAGAAGCAUCAAGAACUCAACUGCCUUCGCUGCCCCAGCCGCCAGCCGAGGUUGAAUCUACAACACAAAGCAUUGAAUUUAAGGAAGAUACCACGAAGAGGCCACCCGAGGAUGUUGAUGAAUCCGAAGCAAAGCGUCCCAAACCAGAGCCUCCUCGGGAGCGCCGUAAAAUUAUACCCCAAGUCUCCUUGGCUGACGCUGUUCUUUCUACAAAGAAGAAUGCAGAUGAUGCAGUCAAGAAAGAACUUGGGCUUGAUGAGACAGCUGAUGGAGUGAGUGACAAACUUGACAACCUCGUCAUUGUAGAAGAGGUUGAUUUGAUGGUCAGAAGAAAGGCAACGACCACGGAAAUCACGUCAGACUACAGAGGGAGAAAGAAUUUUAAGAAGUUUAAAAAAGCUGGAAGCGUUCCUAAAAACGUUACUAGAACUUUCAUUCAAUUGGAAGACCAUGAUAAUAGCAUUCACUUUGAAGAGUUGGACCCACCGCCGAAGAAUGAAGUUAAUCAACGCCUUAAAGGUGACUUCGAUAGAGAAAUGAGUGGGGUCAAGGGAUUCCAGCCACAAGAAUCCCAGUUAUUUGUCCGAGAAGAUUCUGAGAAUGAAGAAGCUGAUGAUAAUUCAUUUUCCUUCCUGACAAGAUCAAAAGCUUCAAAGCCCACCACCGCUUAUCUUGAUGGUGAUAGUGAUGACGAUGAGGUCACUUUUGCAUUCUCUAGAAAAUAA